GCACACACGCGCUCGAGUUUGGUUGGCGCGCGCUGAGUAACAACAAAACCUCCCACUGCACUCGGUCACCAGAGUUACGGAGUUUCAGUCGAAGGCGUGAGUGGAAAGCCUGGUUAUGGUCGAAAUAACCGGCGUUCAUCGCCAAACUCGGGCCAAGCCGCAGGUCUGGACUCUGUAAUGUCGACUUUAUGAGACGAGCUGUCCGUCUAAAAGGGCAUUUUUUUGAGGCGGGCGGCUAGCACGCUAAGGAGCUAACUCGGAAAGGGGAAGUGUGGAGGAGGCGUUUUCUCCACUCAGAACACUUGGCUAACGUUAGCUCGCCUAGCCUAGUGGCCACACAGCCACACACCCACCCGAGUGUUGGGGGAAACUAAUCCACGCCGAGCUGAGGAGUUUGUUUGUCUGCGCGUUUGUUCUGGACACGAAGAACUAACUGACCCCUGACUUGUGGCGUUCGCUACCGAGCCGAGAGGUCUAACGUUAUUAAUUCGUGGGUGUUCGUAGCUGGCUAGCAAUCCGCUGUCGGAGUCGUAAUUAGCGUAACCGGCGUAAAGAGCGCUACGGUAACGUCGCGAGUUGCGUUAAAAGCGUAGCCCACAGUUGGAGGGAUAGAGCCGCUGGAGGAAGUCUAUCAUGGUGUUCAAGUGACUUUUUCGCUCUCUCACUCUCUCUCACACACAUAUACACAGAGCUCGCAGGACUAAGUGAGGCUGGAGAUGAGCAGAUAGAAGUGGUGAGAACGGUUGGUUUUCGUUCGGGGAGGAAUAUUCGCUAGAAAGAAUGAAGAAGUUUUCGCGCAUGCCGAAGUCGGAGAGCGGAGGACUGGGAGGUGGUUCGGGCUCCGGUUCCGGUACCGGAGGCAGCAACUUCAUCGGGAAAGUGUUCGCUAUUGGGAGAUACCAGGUCACAGUGGACGAGCUCAUCGCAGAAGGAGGUUUCUCCAUGGUGUUCCUUGCACGCACCCACAGUGGAGUACGAUGUGCACUGAAGAGGAUGUAUGUGAAUAACGUGCCUGAUCUGAACAUCUUCAAGCGAGAGGUUAUGAUCAUGAAAGAGCUGUCUGGCCAUAAAAACAUAGUGAGCUACCUGGACUCCAUCAUCAACACAGUAGGCGACAGUGUGUGGGAGGUUCUCAUCCUUAUGGAGUACUGUAAAGCGGGUCAGGUGGUAAAACAGAUGAACCAGCGGCUGAACUGUGGCUUCACGGAGCUUGAGGUUCUCACCAUCUUCUGUGACACUUGUGAGGCCGUGGCCAGACUGCACCAGUGCAAAACGGCAAUCAUCCACAGAGACCUGAAGGUGGAAAAUAUCCUCUUGAAUGACCAAGGGAACUAUGUGCUGUGUGAUUUUGGAAGUGCCACCCACAAAGUGUUGCACCCACUCAAAGAUGGCGUGACUGCUGUGGAGGACGAGAUUAAGAGGUACACAACCCUGUCGUAUCGAGCCCCAGAGAUGAUUAACUUGUACCAAGGGAAAGCCAUCACAACCAAGGCUGAUAUCUGGGCACUUGGAUGCUUGUUGUACAAGCUGUGUUUCUUCACACUUCCAUUUGGGGAGAGUCAGGUCGCCAUAUGUGACGGAAUCUUCAGUGUUCCAGAUAGCUCAAAGUUUUCCUCCAAACUGCACUGCUUAAUCAGAUAUAUGUUGGAGCCUGAUCCAGAGAAAAGACCAGACAUCUAUCAAGUCUCUUACUUUGUCUUCAGACUAGCUGGAAGGGAGUGUCCAGUGCCAAAUCUAUUUAAUUCCCCCAUUCCCACCUCGCUGCCAGAGCCACUAACGGCCAGUGACAUCGCUGCUAAGAAGAGCCAGACAAAAGCUAGAAUAACAGAUUCUGUUGGCCCUACGGAAACCUCCAUUGCUCCGAGGCAAAGGCCAAAGGCAGCCAACAGCAAUGUGCUGCCACUUCCCAACUCUGUAACACCUGUGAAAAUGAGCGUCCCACCUGGAACAGUCAGCAACGGCCAGAAACCCCAAGGAAAUGGGCAGCCGGCAGCUGUGCAGAUGCAGAGCAGCAAUCAGCACAACCGAGUGUUACAGCAGCUGCAGCCUGGGGACCUGAGACUGCAAUUCCAUCAACAACAACAACAGCAACAACAACAUAACCUGCACCACCAGCAACAAGUCAGUCCACAGCAGCUGCAGUACAUACAGCAGUAUCAGGCCAUGCAGCAGAGCCUCCAGAUGCAGCAGCAACAUAUGCUUCACCAACAGAUGCUGAUGCAGCAGUCAAUGUAUCAACCACCUCAGCAGCAGCAGCAUUAUGCAACUCUGAUCCAUCAGUAUCAGCAGGCAUUUGCUGGCCAGCAGCAGCGUACUCCAACACAGCAAGUCCCGUACGUUUCCCCACUAGAUUUUCAUGCAUCACUGAGCGCCUACAACCCUGCUGGUCCGUCACCUGUGGAUGCUCCCUUCAGCAACACCAGAAUGACCGUGCCUAGUACAGAGUUGGUCAGUCCGUCUUUUCAGCCUGUCAGUAACCCUCCCGACAUGUCUCGCUGGAACCCGUUUGGAGAGGACAACUUCUCUAAGCUCACUGAAGAGGAGCUGUUGGACAGAGAGUUUGACCUUCUCAGAGCAACAGAUAAACAAGUGGAGAAAGCGGCAAGCUUGCAGGCUGGUGGCACGACCAUGCUGCCAGAGGAUCCGUUCGGCUCUGUGCCCUUUGUGGCCAAUGCAGGACCUAGUCUUCACAUAGAGCAACAAAACACACAGCCUGGUGUUGCCACUGAUGUACUAUCUGCUGUUGAAGAUGAUGUCCAGCUACCAGUUACUAGGGAACAGAAGCCUGUGAAAAAAAACAGCUCCUCUGGCCCAUUGCCUCAUAAAACAGGGGAAGAGUCAGAGAGUGACUUUGAGUCAGAUCCUCCCUCGCCCAAAAGCAGCGAAGAUGAGGAGGUUGAGGAAGAAGAAGGCCUCAACAGUGAGCAUGAAGACACUGAGCCGGAGAACUUGGGCCAGAGGCCACUGCUUAUGGACUCUGAGGACGAGGUUGAGGAGGAGGAGGAGGAGAAACACAGCUCUGACUCAGAGUGUGACCAGAGGAAAGCAAAAGUCACUACUAGGAGACUGCCAGGAGACAAAGAUUCUGCAUUCGCUAAGGGAAGUGCUAAAGGUGAACCUGGAACCAAUCUAAUCACCCCUCCUGACUCCCCCAGUGUUGCCAUGACCAGUACAAGAGAAGUGGAUGUAUUUGGCGCAGUGCCCUUUAUCGGUGGUAGUCAGUCCAGAACACCACCGGAGAGCAUAGAUGUCUUUGCUAAGGCCCCUUUCAGACAGGCAAGCCAGGAAAAUUCAGCAGAAGAGUUAGAUGUUUUCACCAAAGCUCCUUUUAGCAGGAAUCUUUCCAAGUCAAGCAGGAGCAGUGAUGCUCCCUCUGGACAGACACCCCCAAUCUCUCCAGUGAGUGUAGAUGUUUUUGGCUUCUUGCCCUUCCAGCCCAGCCACACCAUAUCCACCUCCAGAAGCCAGGACGACAUCUUUGGCCCAGUGUCUUUUGAGGAGGCCCAAAGCCCACAGCAGCAGAAACUAAAACAGCGAAGCCUUCAGAAACUUUCCUCACGCCAGAGACGCACCAAACAGGAGACCAGCAGCGGUAAUGGAAAACGACACCACAGUACCCCAACAAGUGGCCGGAAGAGCAACAAGCCCAGCUUUCGUACGCCGGAGCGUGCACGGCGGCACAAGAAAGUGGGAAGAAGGGAUUCACAAAGUAGCAAUGAGUUCCUUAGUGCCUCCAAAGAGAACAUCAGCAUCAACAUGGGAGAAGUGAUAGAGAAAGGGGCAUCUUUGCCUUCCGAAGAUGCCAUCUUGGAUCCCUUUGGCGCCAAGCCUUUCCAUCCACAAGACGGUGUUCGGCAUGGACAACAUCCAGGUCUGGGGGACAACAAAAGUGAUGUCAACUCAGGCAAUGGCAGAUCUAGGACUGGCUCUCUGCAGUCCACAUUUGACGGGAACAAGAUGGAUGACUUUGGGGCUGUGCCCUUCACUGAAAUGGUGACCCAUAGUGGGCCUCAGCAGCCCCCACAAAUGGAUUUCGACCCCUUUGGAGCAGCACCUUUUCCCUCAAAGCAGUGAAUGUCUUGUCUUCCGGCACACACAGAGUGCAUUUGCACAAAUGCUGCUAUAUUAUGCAAAGUUAAAACAACCCUUUGAAAUUUACCUAACAGAUGGCAGCUGUGUGGUGCGAUCUCAGGCUGGGGCCAAACAGGUCACAGGCCUUUGUUUUGGUUGAAAUCCAGAUUACAGCAUUUUAAACUAUUAACACCUAACUUGACAUCGGAUUAACUUUCUCUUUUCCUGAACUUGACUUGAAUUUAGGUAUGGAUUGAUUAAGACUUUUUUUUUUGGCAUUACCUGAUUGCUGAGAAGCCGUUUAUGCUGCAUCACAAUGUUCUCCAAGAAAACAUUAGCAAUCCUUUGUUUUUAUUAGAUCCCAGAUUUAGCAAUGAAUCCAGUCUACGUUCGUGCUCAACCACGGACCACCAAAUUAUCAACGGUCCUCGUGUAGAUUGUUGCUUCCUGCAUGAUCUACGUGAUAGGUCAGUUUCACACCAUAUUGCCUUAUAUGGGUAUGUUCCACCCUGCUUUAUUGUACCUCAAAUACACAGAUGGCUGGAUUGGUGCCUUUGUGUCAACAGAACCAUUUGUGUAGGCCUUCCUUCUUAUUUAUGUACCAUUUUCUAUGCAUAGUGCACAAUUUUAAGUGCAUUUAAAUGGUUGCCAUUGUUUCCUUCCAAAAUCCUAAAUGAAAGAGAUACCCAACAAAAUGACUGAUGUUUCAGCUUGACCACUUAUUGGUUUGGGUUUAGUGCGGGAAAGUUUCAUGAAAAAUCGACGUAAGCAUAAUGUAAUAUUGAACCCAUUAAUAGCCACAAUGUCAGACCCAGCACAGUCACACACACACACACACUUUUGAAAAUCAACCAACAAUCAUAGACAGGCCUCUGUAAAAAUGGAAAGGACAUGUAGUUUGUACUUUUUGAAUGUAUUUUGUCCAGUUUUCUUUUGUACAGAAUAAGGUUUUGAAUUCAACUAACACAAAAUAAAGCAUAUAAAAAUACACACACUUAAUUUAACUGGAAAUGAGGAGAAAAGGGUGUUUUACAAUACAUAAAAUGAGACAAGGACUUUUAUAGCACUUGGGACACCGACUACAGAAACAUUUUUAGCUUCUUUUUAUCAAUUGACCAACUAGCAUUGCAAUAUUUACUGUCUUUUUAUUUUUCUUAUUUGUUUUGAUUUGUCUUGCUACACUGCUCUCUAACAAUGCAAUAAAAUAUUGAGUUCUUAUUUGGAA